AUGUCGCGGGUGGCGUCGCUGUCGCCGUCCUUGUCGGGCGACGAGGUGGAGGUGGAGGAGGAAGAGGAGGACGAGGGCGUCGACGGCUACCGCAAGGGCGGCUACCACGCCGUCCGCCCCGGGGACCAGUUCGCCGCCGGCCGCUACGUCGCCCAGCGGAAGCUCGGCUGGGGCAACUUCUCCACCGUCUGGCUCGCCUUCGACGUCCAAUCACAGAGAUACGUGGCCCUGAAGAUCCAAAAGAGUGCGCCUGAGUUUGCGCAAGCUGCUCUUCAUGAAAUCGAGUUCCUGUCAGAGAUCACCAAGAGGGACCCGUUGAACUGCAAAUGCAUCAUUCAGCUGGUAGAUCACUUCAAGCACGCGGGGCCGAACGGGCAGCAUAUCUGCCUGGUCUUUGAGUUACUGGGAGAUAGCUUGCUUAAGCUGGUACAGUACAACCGGUACAAAGGCAUCGGGUUGGAUAGGGUGAGGCGAAUAUGCAAGUCGAUUUUGGUAGGCCUUGAUUACUUGCACAAUGAGCUUGGCAUCAUCCACUCAGAUUUGAAGCUUGAGAACGUUCUCCUUGUCUCGACCAUUGAUCCCUCCAAGGACCCCAUUCGUUCUGGGCUUAAACCUAACCUUGAGAGGCCUGAGGGAAACCCUAAUGGUGAAGCUGGUCUUAAUGCGAUUGAGAAGAAGCUAAAGAUGAGAGCAAGGAGGGUGCAUGCAAAGCUUGCUGAGAAAAGAAAAUCAGCUGUGGAACCUUCGCGCUCAGAAAGGAGAUUGGAUGGAAUUGAUCUUACAUGCAAGAUUGUGGACUUUGGGAAUGCUUGCUGGGCCGACAAGCAAUUUACAGAUUUUAUUCAGACACGGCAGUAUCGGGCGCCAGAGAUCAUUCUAGGUGCAGGAUACUCGUUUUCUGUUGACAUGUGGUCAUUUGCGUGUAUCGCUUUUGAGCUCGCAACAGGAGAAAUGCUAUUUACACCCAAGGAAGGUCACGGAUACAGUGAAGAUGAGGAUCACUUGGCUUUAAUGAUGGAACUACUUGGCAAGAUGCCGAAGAAGAUUGCAACCAUGGGAACACGAUCAAAGGAAUAUUUUGACCGCCAUGGAGAUCUGAAGCGGAUAAGAAGGCUGAAAUUGUCAUCCAUUGAACGUGUCCUUGUUGACAAAUACAAAAUUUCUGAAUCUGAUGCCCUGGAAUUUGCCAGUUUUCUUUGCCCUUUACUCGACUUUGCACCAGAGAAGAGGCCAACAGCUUUAGACUGCCUAAAGCAUCCAUGGCUUCGAUAUAACGAGGAUAAAGCUUGUGGUCCUCUUAACAAUAAUGAUGCCAAGAACAUUGAUCUGGCCCAAAGCACAGGGAGUAUCACCAGUGGUGACUGUACAAAUAUUGAUUUGACGAGCAAAAAAGCGGCCCCACUGGAACUUCCCAAUACUGGAAGCAUUGUGAACAGACUUGCCAAAAAUGUUGAUGUAAAUCCGAACAUUGGUUCCAUCACUAAUAGAGAUGCCAAGACUUCUGAUAUGAAGCCCCACAUUGGAAGCAUCACCAUCAGUGACGCCAAAAGCUCUAAUGCAAAGCUGGAUACAGGUAACAUCACUGAUAGAAAUGCCAAAACUGUCAAUAUAAAUCCCAACUCUGACAACAUCUCCAGCAGAGAUGACAAGAGCAGUAAUGUGGACACCACCACUUCCAGUGUUGUCAACAAAGAUGUGAAGCGCAGCAUCAGAAGUGUUGUUAAUUCUUAUAUCAAGAACUUUGAUGCACAAUGCAACACUGGAAGCCCUGCUAACAGUGAUGCUCGGAACUCAUCAAAUAUGAAACCCAGCACUAGAAUUGUUAGCAGUGCUGAUAAUGUCAAGUGUAUGGACAUAAAACCGAUCAGUGGAAGUGCUAAGAGCAAUGACAUCAGUCCUAAGAGCAAUGACACCAUCAAUGCUAAUGUGAAAUCCAACACUGGAAUUGUUGCAAACAGUGAUGCCAAGAACACCGAUGUACAGACUAACAUUGGAAGUGUCGACAGCAGCGAUGAUUACAGCGUUGACUCAAAACCAAACAUUGGUCGGGUUGCUGCGAGCAUACAGAGGUUGGAGAGCAGCAUGAAGCGUGGGAAACCCUGCAAUGAAAUGGAAAAAUAUCUUGAGGGAAAUGGCACCGCUGAGGUCCACAGGCAGAUUCUUUCGACGCCAUCCUUCAGCUCUCUGCUUACUGAUUUUCCUACUUGUGUUGUACAAGUACUUCUUUGGCUGGUUCACCCUCAUCGUGACCACAUCACCUAUCUUCCUAAUCGCUGGCGUCUUUCUUGGAAUCAUCCUGGCGACGGUGAACCGAACAAUCCUGAAAAAGAUCAUGUCUACAAAAAAAUUGAGAAUGCUCGGAGUUCGGAUGUCCAUAACAUCAGCAAAUCUGUUAGGGGUGUACCUCUUCCUACAAUUCCGUCCGGAUCAAGUGAAUCAGGUGGUUCAGAUACUGAUACCGCUCCAAUGCUCCAUGCAUUUCGUCAUCUCGGGUCGGGCAGCAAUUCAUCACAGUCCUCUCAAGAUGGUGACUCCAAUGACAGCAGCACUGAAGAUGGAGCGGAAAACCAACAGGGCAAUGAUGGCAAUGUACGCAAGGGGAAACAGCAUGCUAAAGUUGUAGCAUGGACUGCUGACGACCAGAAGAACAUACUGAAAAUCGGGUGCUUGGAGAUUGAGCGUAACCAAAGGUUGGAGACCCUAAUUGCUAGGCGUCGGGCAAGGAAACACGCAGACAGGAACUUGAUAGAAUUUGGUAGCACUGAUUCCUUACCCACUAUUGAAGAACUAUCAAAGUUCAAUGUUCAAAUUCCUGCUGUUUUUGCUCCUAGAAAAAAUCCUUUCGAUCUUCCUUACAAUGAAGAUAACUUCCCAGAUUCUGCUCCAUCUGCGUUGUUGGAAACAGGAAACCCGUUUGAUCUACCAAGUGAGCAAGCAAAUGAGAGCAGCUCCAAUGGAGGAGCCAACUCAAGCCAGGCUGAACCUAUUCCUGUAGCAUGUCAUUUACAGAGGAGUGCACUGUUGAGGAGGCAUGAGAGCUUCACUGAAGGAGCACCAUUCCUUAGUGACUUUUUGCAAGAUACGCAGCCUUCCCGAUUCAGACCAUACUUCAUGACAGAAAAAAUGGCUAACGAGGAAAUGACAGAUCCAGUUCUUGAAGGAGAAACUAGUGAAAAGAGCAACUCCAAGGCCAGCUCUGCUCAAGACUCGGCUAGUACUUCUUCAGUUGCCGACCAAGAAAGCCAGAAGGAUGUUCUGGAGGAUUGCUCAAACCAAGGACAACAAUCUUCUUUCAGUCAAACGGAGGAACAUGCACAUACAGCUCGGCAUGUAAGGGAGGUUUCUCUUGCCCUUGACAUGGAGCCACCUGUAUUAAUUAGUGAUUCCUCUGAUGAUGACAUAUCACUGUCUGGUGAACAUAUAAAUGAUUGGGAGGAAGCACAACAGAGUUUUUCUCAGAAUACAUUGGUAGAGGAUCCUAGUGUCAUGCAACACCAUCAAGAAAUAGAUAUGACAAGCAAUGGAUUGAAUCAGAUGUCCCCACAUUCAAAUGAUCUCGAGCUGACGUCGUCAUCAACCGAAACCACUGAUGAUCCUUUUGAAGUGAAUGACAUUGAACCACCAGGUCAUGCUCGUACUCUUGAUGCUGAAGCAAGCAUCGAAGAAGGGGUUUCACCAUCAAGAAUGGAGGCUUCUUCCAGUGAGGUUGCUGGACCUAGUUUGAGUUCUGUGGAGGAAAGCAAAUUUCUAGAGAAAGAAGCCUCUGAGAUAAGAGAGCAGUCCAUGGUUGGCCAUGUCGAAGGACAUGGAGGUUCUGUCAGUCAUGCUGAUCCUUCAGUAUGUGAUAUAAGUUCUCAGCCAAGUACUGGAAGUUCAACAAAUGGUAAAUCUCAUUGA